CCACAACCACUUGAACCAUUUGAAGUUCUAUCGUCCUAAACCUAUCUUAUAUCGGAGUAUCUUAUGAUUCUUGACACGUACAUUGUCAUUUCAUCCACACAUACACGUACAAGCGUUUCAUUUUGGACUGCAUCGCCUCUCAAAAACUUUAUCACGUUCACUUUGCGCAAACUCUUCAUAUUGCGAUCAACUGUAAACUCCUGCUUUCCCUAUUGGGUAGAAGUAUAAUGUACCGGUGACCGUGAGCGACUUAUCAGCCAAAGAAAAAUCACUACCUCGUUAUAAACCACAUAGAAGAAUGAAGUAAUGAAAUAAUAUUCGAAUAAAAGUUUUGAUAUGCAUGACUAACCCUUACAUGGGAAAUUAUCCCGUAUAUUCAAGGAAAAAGAAAUAUGACGAAGUCAAAGAAAAAGAAAUUAAAUUACACUGAACUACGUAAACAACAUUUACUUGAAGAUAAUGAAAAAGAAGAAAAAAUUCUUAAACAAUUAUCAAAAAAGUUGAAAAUGAAUCGUACUUCUAUAAAAAGUAAACAGAAAAAAGAAAAAACUCCAUUAUGGUUAACACAAUGUGGAUUCGAUUAUAUAUUAAAUUUUGAGAAACAGAUCAAUAUUGAAAAAGAUAAUAUGGAUAGUAAUAAUAAUGUUCUAUGUACUACUAUUGGUGUAUCUUCAAAGAAAAAGAGUAAACCAGUUGAUUUAUAUGGUCAAAAUACUACUACUGCUACUACUACUACUACUACUACUAAUAAUAAUAAUAAUAAUAAUAAUAAUAAUAAUAAUAGUAGAUCAAUUACUGAUCAUGAUGAUCAACAUUCAACUGUUGAUUCAUUAUUAAAUGAACCGAUCACCUAUACAGAUCAAUCUAUUCAAUUAGAUCAAAUCAAUGAUCCAAUGUUAAAUGAUCAUCAUCAUGAUGAUAUCAAUGAAAAUUUAUGUAAAUCUAUACGUAGUUUAUUAAAUCGUUUAUCUGAAUCACAAAUGUCAAAAAUUAUCAUGGAACUUUGUAAUUUAUUUCAUCAAUAUCCACGUGCAUUAGUACGAUCAUAUUUUAUUGAAGAAGUUUGUAAUUUAAUUGAAUGUACUCAAUUAAAUCGUAAUACUAAACUUGGUUGGUUACAUCAAGAAUUAGCUAUAUGUAUUACUUGUAUUCAUAUAACAUUACAUUCUUUAUUUCAAUCAAUCUCUUUGAUUGGUUAUUUGGUUGAAUUUAUUAUAUUUCGACUAUACCCUGGUAACAAUAAUCAAGUACAAUUAUCAUCAAAUGGAAUUUGUACAUAUUCAAUAUUUUUAGCUUAUUUAUAUCGUUUUGGAGUGAUCUCAGGUACUCUUAUUUUAGAUAUUUUGAAAGCGUAUUUACGUGAUUGCGAUAUCGGAAAAGUGAAAGCUGCCCAUUUCAUUACAAUUGCGGUUGGUGUUAAUCUACGAAAAUUUAAUUUGAAUGUAUGUCAAGAAAUUAUUCAACAAGCAAAUGCUGAACUUGAAAAGCAUAAAUUACAAAACUUUGAAAUAGCAUUUGAAUUGGAGGGUUUGAUUCAACGUCUUUCAGAGAAACGUUCUAUGGAGGAAUGUGUUACACGAUCAUUACAUUUACAAAAACUUAUGAGGGUAUGGACUAAAGGAUUGUCUGUUACUGAUGAUAUGUGUUUAACUGUUGGAUUAAUGGAUUUACUCAAUGCUUCAUCUACUGGUCGUUGGUGGUUAGUUGGCUCAGCAGUAAAUCGACCACUGAAUGAUUUGUCAGCUGUAAAAUCAAAAGAUGAUGAAAAAUCUAAUUCAUCUUUAAAUCCUGAAAUGGUAGCCGUUGCAGAAAAACUUGGCCUACGUACAGCAUCACGUCAAUUAACAUUUAGUAUUUUAGUUUCUACUCCUGGUGGUCCAGAUGCUACAGCUUCAGCUUUACUUAAAGCUUGUCAUACUUCUGCUAAUUCACCAGGUGUUCAACUUGGAGCAGGAAGUAUAGCCGGUAGAGAGAGGGAAAUGAUUCAUAUUUUAUUGCAUUGUGUUAUGUCUGAAAUGCCUUUCAAUCGUUUUUAUCCACGUGUAUUAGGUGGUAUUCUAAAUUGUCAUCGACGAUUUUUGAUGAUGAUCAAGUGUGGAUUUUGGGAUAUUUUAAAUAAUAAUAAUUUAACAAUUGAAGCUAAAUCUAAUGCUGGUCGAGCAUUAGGUUUACUUUGUCUUGUAUAUAAUUUCCCAUUAACUGUAUUAAAGAAUUAUAAUUUUGGUGAUAGCAGUAAAGGUAAUAUUGCCUUUUUACAAUAUACAAUUAUGGAAUUAUGUACGGGUGAAUAUCAAACUGUUUUAUCUAAAUUUAUGCAAUUAUCAAUUUAUACAAGACUUUGUCGUAAUUGUCGAAUAUUUAUGCGUAAACAUUUAAUAAAUGAAAUAAUUACUAACCAUGAAUUUGAUUGUAAUUUUAAAGCAAUUGUCAUGAAACUUGUUACAGAUAUACGUGAAUCAGAAUCAUUUUAA